CGCAAAUGCAAUCUUUCCAGCUCCAACUUCUUGAACUUCGCUCUCAAUCGCAGUGUGCCCGAGACGUGUUAUUCUUCAACCUUUGAACAUCUAGUCAAUUACGGAGUCUGCCCGUUGCCUUACAUCGUGGUUAAAAAUCCUCAACAACAAAUAAUUGCCUCGUUGGCCUUCGAGAGCCCCCAAACACCCAAAAUGGACAACAUCGCCGGCCUCGCCUCAACAAUAGGCAACCGCUUUGCGACGAACUUGAGGGGGUCAUUUACCAACAUGACCCUAGAACAGGGCAUUCGACUCGUCAUUAUUGCCGGAGCUUACAUGCUCUUGAGACCAUACCUGGUCAAGCUCGGCAUGCGGGCGCAGAUGCAGUCCCACGAAGAAGAAGAGGCGCGGGCGGAGGCGGAACACAAGGCCAAGAUCUCGGCGAACGAGCUGCGUGGGAAGGUUAGCAUCCCCGACGACACGGACGACGAGGACGAGGCCACGGCCGAGGCAUCUGGGCCAGACUGGGGCAAGAAGGCGAGGAGAAGGCAACGCGAUAUGAUCAAGAAGCUUUUGGAGGCCGAGGAACAGCGACUACGGGAGAACCAGGAGGAAUUAGAGGAUAAGGACAUUGAGGAGUUCUUGGUAAAGGAAUGAACAACGGCCGAUAUGUAUCGACGUCAUACAACGUAACUAAUAGGCUUGUAUAUAAGCUGCCUCCAUGGAGAUUAUCCCGUAAUGAUACUUACCACCAACGCGCCAACCUAUC